AUGGCUCUUAGGGGAGCUGUGAGUGCUAAUAUUGUUCUCCUCCUAGGCUUAGUCUGGGUGUUGUGUUAUUUGAGGAAGAGAAAGGUCAAAUCUACAGGGACUGUACUGAAGGAAAGUAAAGGACAAGAAGCCAAAGUAAAUGGUAUAGCAACUACUGGAAACUUAAACACCAAUGUUCUGGAUCUUAAAGUCUAUAGUUAUGCUAAUAUUGAGAUGGCUACGAAUAAAUUUUCAUUUCAAAAUAAGCUAGGAGAGGGUGGAUAUGGUCCUUUUUACAUGUUAUCAGAUACUGGGCUGCUGCAUAUAUGCUGCAUGUUCUACCUUUAUAACACUAACCAUGGAUCGGUGUAUAUGUUGCAAGGUGUACUAGCAAACAAACAGGAAAUAGCAGUGAAAAAACUUUCAAAAGCUUCAACACAGGGGUUUGAGGAGUUCAAGAAUGAGGUUACACUUACAGCAAAACUGCAACAUGUUAAUCUUGUGAGAGUUUUGGGAUUUUGCAUCGAAAGGGAUGAACAAAUGCUUAUCUACGAGUACAUGCCAAACAAAAGCUUGGACUUCUACCUCUUUGACAGUGCCAGGCGAUUUCUUUUGUAUUGGAAAAAUAGGGUUCAUAUAAUCGAAGGGAUUACUCAAGGACUUCUAUAUCUCCAAGAAUACUCGAGAUUGACAAUAAUUCCUCAAGACUUGAAAGCUAGCAACAUAUUACUUGACAAUGAAAUAAAGCCUAAGAUCUCAGAUUUUGGUAUGGCAAAUAUUUUCAGUAAAGAUGAACAUGAAGCAAACACCGGCCGAAUUGUGGGAACAUAUGGUUAUGUUUCGCCAGAAUAUGUUAAAAAAUGUUUAUACUCUACUAAAUCUGAUGUUUACAACUUUGGAGUUCUAAUCCUACAAAUCAUAAGUGGCAAGAAGAAUGCAUGCUUUUAUGGUCUAAAUGAAGAUUUGAUCCUCCUCGAAUAUGCAUAUGACUUGUGGAAGUCAGGAAAAGGCAUGGAGUUUAUAGAUCCAUCUCUAGAUGAUAUAGUGUCAUCAUGUAAACUAAUCAGAUGUCUUCAAAUAGGUCUUUUAUGCGUUCAGGAAAAUGCAACUGAUAGGCCAUCCAUUUUGGAGGUUUUUUCAAUGCUAAAAAAGUGA